AGGGUACCCUACCUAGCAGUGGCCAAAACAUUCCAGGCAAUAGAAGACACAUCUGCAAGGUAAGCUGGUUCCCACCAUGGAAGUUGUCACUACAUGUUUUGAAUUAAAGCACCUUUCCUAAUUUACAUGUAGGACCUUAGAUGACGAGUUAUCUAUUUUAUUCUUUUACUAGAAAAUAAACAAAUAGUCAAGCACUGGUAGUUAGGUGGGAUAGGGAGCAAACUGGAGACUAUGGCUUUGCAGUUAUGGGUGGCAGUUACAAAACACAGGUCACAGAUCACAAUAUUGCAGGUCACUGCUCUAUUGAUAAAUAACAAAGAUAGGCAGUUUCCUCUAAAGCUAAAAUUUCUUUUUUGGUUUGUGAUUAGUGCUAGGAGACACUUUUAGUGUUGUUUGUUCACCAUAGCACAGUGACCUGUACUCUAACCUGCACUUCUGACCUGUGACCUGUGACCUGCAUAAUUUUUGUACCUGCCAUGUUAAACAAGGUUGGUUGGUUGGGGUUUGUCUUUGGAGCCUAGCUAUCAAGACAUAGAUUCUUGAAGUCUGAUACAAUAUAGAGCUUGAAAUGAUGGUACAAUAUAUAAAAUCUGACAAAAUCACCCUGAACUUGAAAGAAUUUGGCAAAAAAUAAUGGGCAUAUUUAUGUAAAUCAUAUUUAUUGUAGUUUGCAAUCACAUUGGAAUUCUUAUGAAUUAAUCAGCAUCUUUGGCUUUACAAAACAGGUGUCUGGAAAAAUCUGCAUGAAAAAAAAAUGAUGUUCUAUUACUUACAGGUUGAAGAUUACCUCCAUCCUUAGCAACUUUUUCCGUUCGGUCAUUGUUUUGUCACCAAAUGAUUUGCUACCAUGUGUUUAUCUCUGUCUCAACAAGGUCAGUUGUUAACCCUUUCAUGUGUAUUUCUUUGUUUUUGUGUAUGGUUUUGAGCAGAUCUCUUGUUUAUUUCAUGUUAAUUAAGUGGUUGUUAUUCUCUUCAUUUUAGCUGGCUCCUGCUUACGAAGGAAUUGAACUUGGUAUCGGAGACAAUGUGCUAAUGAAAGCAGUUUCAGAGUCAACAGGUGACUGUUACUGUUGAGUGUGUGUUGUGUAGUACAGUGACCACUUAAUGGAUGUUGGCUUACUCAAUAGAUCAGAGGCUUGUCAGAAAUAAGCAUGAUCUUUAGCAGAAACGUCAUUUUAUUUCGAAACAAACACGUGAUCCAUGAUCAUUUGUCGCCUUCUAUCACAGAUUGUAUUUUUCUUUAUCACACUUUUAAAAUAAGAUCAAACUAAGUGUAUCAAGCACUUGAUGGCGGCUUAAAUGAGGUUUAUUUUAGGACUCUCGUCUUCAAUUGUUUCAGGACUUUGAUUAUUAACCACUUUAUAAUGGGGUGGCUGCUUAAUAGAGAGGAGAAGUGUGAUGUCACAUUACCAUGGUAGCACUAUUUCUGGAUGACAACAAAACCAACCAUGACAGCGAUGGCAAGGAGAAUGGCAAAAAAUAAUAUGUUUAUAUUAACAUGAACAACAACUAUGCACUUGCAUUACGCUAUUUUGUACAUUUCUUUGCCGUUGUUGCACCACUUCGACAUGAAACUUCCUAGUUUCACGAGCCCGCUUUAUGGAGUAGGUGAACACAACACAAAAAUUGUCACUUUCUUUUUUUAAACUUAGAUAACAAUAGAUGCGGUCCCAAAGAAAAGUUCACCAAGACUUGCCAGAUUAAAUGAAAUUGAAUAAGAUCAGUAAAAUUUGAAAUAGUGCGAAUUCACUUUUUGAGUGACUUUAUCGGUUUGUUGUCAUCCAAACAUUUUGUUACCAUGGCAACGUGGCAUAACGACUUCUCCUCUCUAUAGUUGUAGUUAUUAGGUUAUGACAUGUAUGAUGCACCCUCAUCAUACCAUAUAUCCCCUCUCAUCCUGUUUGAUAUUCCGUUGCCAUAAUUUUUGAUCUUGAUUCACCCAUGAUGCACCCUCAUCAUACCAUACAUCCCCUCUCAUCCUGUAUGAUAUUCCUUUGCCAUAAUUUUUGAUCUUGAUUCACCCAUCCACAAUUCUCCUCUUGUACAACAAGUAACAUCUUAUUUCUUUUAUUUAUUUCCAUGCUUUCUACAUUGCUGAAAUCUCCCUGAGAUGGGCACAUGGUGGAUCAUUCUACAAUAUUCGAUAUCCAUUUCAGGGGGAGUGUCUGCUGAAACCCCUUGAAAAAUUGAGUUACUUCCAGAUUUGGCCCAAACCUAAGAAAGAAAACUAUUAAAUUAUUUAAAAACAAAUAACACCAUUAUGCACAAUAAGUGGUUGAUAUACUUUUCACUGCAAUUGAUUUGCCUGCCUGCAUGCUCUUGGUUGGAUGGGAAGUGGGGGAGGGUGAGAAUUCUCCUUUCCUACCCCUUCACCUGUGCUCCUGAGCGAUUACUAGCCUGUUAUAGUUUAAUAAUUUUAUUUCCUUGUCUCAGUGCAAUUGCCAUGAUUGGAAACAAAUGAAAGACAAAUUUGAGCCACAACAGUCACACCAUAAAAUUUGGUCUGUCACACACUGCUGGAGGGAGAGGGUCUCCUGAGUCGACUGUUGCCAUGCUCAUCCAAUUUUUUGUCAUCACAUCCUAGGGAGGAGUCUACAGCAAAUUAAGUCUGAUGUUGGUGAGAAGGGAGAUUUAGGGAUAGUGGCUGAGGUACAGUAUAAUAAAAUGCUGGUCUUGGUAUAUUUCAUUGUUGUUUUAUAAUACAUUAGUUCACUAUGCUUUUCAUUUACUUAGGCUUAUUGUGACAAUUUCUGUUUAAACUUAUUUCAUGUUAGUCAUGCCGUGGAAAGCAGCGAACUAUGUUUGCCCCACCCAAGCUCACUGCUGAGGGUGUAUUUACAAAACUAAAGGACAUAGCAAUGAUGACUGGACAUAGUGUAAGUGUGGCAUGUACCCUAUAGAUUUGUAAAAACAUUCAUAAAGUUUUGCUUUUGGCAAAUAGCAGCACACCACGAUGUACCAGAUAAAAACAGCAACUUUAACAACAAAUCCUUCAUAUUAAAGGGGUUCUGAAAAGACUCACAAGUGCUGUAGAAUGUUACAUUCACAUGUAGAACAUAGAUUUCCAGCUAAUGAAAAGGAUAAACUCUAAGAAAAACCUUAGCAAAACAGAUAAAGAAAAACUUGACACUUUAACAGGGUGGCCUUGUGCAUGUUCAUUUUAAGGCCACCUUCUGCGCAUGCUUAAAAUCACAGGGAAACCAGCUGGGCACCCCCAAGACCAGCAAUAACAAACUUCUCUGUAGGGACUGCAAGUGAAUUUAAUGACAACAGAAUUUUUAUGACAGUUUUAAACUGCUUUUUGUAAUGCUUUGGCUUGAACAGCUUAUUUUGAAAGACAGAAAAGAUCAAAGAAGAUUAACAUUUAGGUGGGUCUCAGGAUCUUUUUCAACUUUAUCCUGAUCUUCUUUUUUCUUCUAAUUCCUUUUUUUACAGUCAAUGACAAGAAAGACGGAAAAGAUAAAAGGAAUGUUUGUGGCUUGUCGUGAUGCAGAGGCCAGAUAUUUGAUAAGGUAAAAACUUUAACUACAAGGCUUUGCAAGAUAUUUUUGAGGAGAUGGAGGUCUGUGUUACAAGCUAUAGAAGAUCAUCCAAAUAUUAUUAUAUUUUGAGAAUACUGAGAAAUGUACCAUGUAUUGGAAAUGCUGCUGAAGUGCUUCCAUUGUGUCUUGACCUGUAAUCAUGUCUGCCAACUCAAAGGUUAGUUAUGCAUCACACAGUCAUGAGACUGUGGCAUUAAAAGUUGGUAAUUGGUUACUUCUAAGACAAUAGUGGCUGUGGUUGCUCUUGGGGACUUAACUGAGUUAUUUCCAAUUAACUAAUUAACAUUAAGUUGUUCAAAAACCUCUUUUUAUCUGUAAUGUGGGGUCAAAUUUUGUGUGUCACUCUUAGGCGAGCGACUUUGAAUGAAUUUGUGAAAGUCGGCUGCUGAUAAAAAUUAACCUGGUUAAACUCUUUUAACCAGGUUACGUUCUGAAGAAUUUUUUACUGGGUUUUUCAAAAACUAACCUGGUUAACUUGCCAAGUGAGGCCGCAGCCAAUGUACAUGAGAAAAUUUCUUGAAUCUGGUUGGCUGAUAGAAAUGUAGUCUUUACUAAACACAAUACAAAAGCAUGAAAGUAAAUGGUAAAUUCCAAGUUGAACUCAAAAGUGUGUGAUUACCUGUAUUGAUUUCUUUGAACUUGGUUAUUAGGGAGAAUAAAACAGAAAAAUCUGACCACUGUAAUACCUAUGCUCUGCUGCCCACUGGAAAUUAUUAUGCCUUUAACAAAUUCUUUUUUUUCAAUUUGAAGAUCUCUUGGUGGCAAGUUGCGGAUUGGUCUUGCUGAACAGUCAGUUCUCACAGCAUUGGGCCAUGCCGUCUUACUCACUCCACCAAGCAAAGGUAACAACGACCGAUUAAUUAAUGAGAUUUUCUUUUGUUCCCAUCAUAAACGUUAUGAUCAUGAUUAACCUCGUGAUCAUCAAUGUGCAAAGAAAGUUGUAUUGGGUAGCCUGUGGCUAGUGGAUUUUGCAAUGAGGCCAGUGAAUUCUGUUCUCUGUGAUCUUGGCCACUUUCCCUUAGUAACAGCUAGCCCUGGGUCUUGUUUCCUUUUUCCAGAGUUUCCUCCUUCCAUAAUUGACAAUGCCAAGCAUUUUUCUGGAGAUGAGUUAAAGAAGAAAUUAGAUGAGGCUGCCAUGAUAGUCAAGGCCUGUUACUGGUAAGUCCUGUUCAAUCAUAACAGACAGUUUAUAGAAAAAAACUGUAUACCAGACUGAUGCUCGUAAUUAUCCGUAUAAUAUACUAGACAUUCGUUGACUCAAUUUACAAAAAUAGUUUUCAGACUCUAAUCAUACAGAUGCAUUAGAUUGCUAAUGCAAACAGUCGCUUUUUGUCUUCUCUUCCAUGAAACGCCAGGAGAUAAAAAUAAUGUCCAUCAAUGAAAAUGAGGGUGGAGCAGGAUCAAGGAGACAAUAAUAGGACCAUUGCCUUUUGCUUUGGCUAUUUUAAACCAUUAUCUCCUAGAUAAUGUUACAGCGAGAUUAUUAAUAAUAUAUCAUUUUGUCAUUCUAAUUUUUCAAUAUGUUUUCCAAAUUCUAUGGUGUUACCAUUCAAAUGAAAGCUCCCUGGCAGAACUGUUUCAUAGUGCUAUUUAUUUCUUAGGAUUUUGCAAAACAGAAAUUUCUCUUUGUGAAUUUUCUCUUUGGCUUCUAUAAGAAGUGAAAGGGUGGGUAGUAGCUUCAUGCGAUUUUUUAUUUUCUCACUGUGCAGUCUAUGUACAGGGUUGAAAGGUGCGGUUCACUUUUAAGGAUUGUUAUUUUCCCUUCAUAGUGAAAUGCCUAACUAUGAUAGACUGAUUCCAUCUCUUAUGGAUCAUGGAUUGGAGUCGCUGCCAAAACACUGUCAUCUGACACCAGGUAAAAAAAUGUGUCAAGAUUUAGGUAUAUAGCCUUUUUCACAUGACGUCAGGCGGUCAAAUUGAUGUUCCAAACGAAUGAAACGGCGGCCAUAUUGAUAUUCCAAACAAAUAAAAUGGCGGCCGUUUUGGUGUACCAAGAAUAUCCUGUGGAAGUUGAACUCUUUUCUUAUGUAAACGCUUUCCUUUGUGUUGUUCCUAUAAUAAAUUAGCAUAGAUGCUGGCCUUGUGAGUGCGGUACACGCAGAGCCCAGAUAAUCUUCUUGUUACUUUAAGCUGUCUUGUCAUUGCAAAUUGAAUUAUAUUAAUUUUAUUUUCCAAAGGUAUCCCGCUAAAACCCAUGUUAGCUCAUCCUUCCAAAGGGGUAGAGGAAGUGUUCAAACGAUUUGAAAAUGCAGCCUUUACCUGUGAGUUUAAGUACGAUGGAGAGCGCGCACAGGUCAGGUUAAACAUGCCAAGUUCAUGGUUUUGUUACUCUUAUUGGUAUUUGUUGCUUUUCACAAUCGUCGUUUAACCUGCGACAAUUUAUGUUGCAAGUUCUUUGGCCUUGAGACUAGAGAUUUCCAGUAACUUUCUGAGAAAGUAAACGAAUUGUGGUACGCAGAUUUUUGCAUUGAUCUCAUCCAGUUUGAAAUUCGGAUUUUCUUGGGUGAUAUACUUCAGCAUUUCAAUGACAGUGAUCCUCGAAAUGAUCACAAUGCUUUUCAUCAUCAUACGUUAUCAUCAUUAUCACCCUUCAUAGCCUCCAACUCCUCCUCCCCAUCAUCAUCAUCCCUCCUCCUCCUCCUCCUCCUCCUCCUCCUCAACAUCAUCGUUAUUGAAUUUACGUAUGACCAGCCAUGUAAAAUAGAGAUUACUGGUUGAAAACCCUGUAAAAUAUGCCCAAGAUAGGGGAGCAAAACGAAUGAACAAANAUUGAUGUUCCAAACGAAUGAAACGGCGGCCAUAUUGAUAUUCCAAACAAAUAAAAUGGCGGCCGUUUUGGUGUACCAAGAAUAUCCUGUGGAAGUUGAACUCUUUUCUUAUGUAAACGCUUUCCUUUGUGUUGUUCCUAUAAUAAAUUAGCAUAGAUGCUGGCCUUGUGACUGCGGUACACGCAGAGCCCAGAUAAUCUUCUUGUUACUUUAAGCUGUCUUGUCAUUGCAAAUUGAAUUAUAUUAAUUUUAUUUUCCAAAGGUAUCCCGCUAAAACCCAUGUUAGCUCAUCCUUCCAAAGGGGUAGAAGAAGUGUUCAAACGAUUUGAAAAUGCAGCCUUUACCUGUGAGUUUAAGUACGAUGGAGAGCGCGCACAGGUGAGGUUAAACAUGGUUUUGUUACUCUUAUUCUUGGUAUUUGUUGCUUUUCACAAUUGUCGUUUAACAUGCGGCAAUUUAUGUUGCAAGUUCUUUGGCCUUGAGACUAGAGAUUUUCAGUGCCUUUCUGAGAAAGUAAACCAUCAUCCAGUUUGAAAUUCGGAUUUUCUUGGGUGAUAUGCUUCAGCAUUUUCAAUGACAGUGAUCCUCGGAAUGAUCACAAUGCUUUUCAUCAUCAUCCGUUAUCAUCAUUAUAACCCUUCAUAGCCUCCAACUCCUCCUCCCCAUCAUCGUAGUCGUCGUCAUCAUCAUCAUCAUCAUCUGCCCUCCCCCUCCCCAUCAUCGUAGUCGUCGUCAUCAUCAUCAUCAUCAUCUGCCCUCCCCCUCCCCCUCCUCCUCCUCCUCAACAUCAUCGUUAUUGAAUUUACGUAUGACCAGUCAUGUAAAAUAGAGAUUACUUGUUGAAAACCCAGGAAAACAUGCCCAAGACAGGGAAACAAAACGAAUAAACAAAAUUAUCUGUUAUUUCUUUUUUUAGAUUCAUGUGCUAGAAAAUGGAGACACCCACAUUUACAGCAGAAACCAAGAAAACAACACGUCUAAGUAUCCUGAUAUCAUUGCUAGAAUGCCCAAGGUGAAUACGUGUAAUACAUAGACGAACCUCUAUGAAGCGGCCAGACUCCUGGCGGUCAAAGUUGUCGGGAAAGUAAAAAGGGAAUGGGUACAAGCUUUUUCGGUGCAAGGAUUUCUGGGAUCGUUUGGGUGGACAAGCUUUAGUUAUGAUUGGUCGAUGGUAUCCAAGGCAACCAUUAACCAAUCAUAAGUAACGUUUGGCCACCCAAACUAUCCCAAAAAAUCGUUGCGCUGAAAGCAUGUACCCAUCCAUUCUCAGUCCUAAGAGUUUCUGGAGUGGGGACAACUGAAAACAGUGACAACGUUAAGCCAAGCGGUCUUCUUCUGUAAGGCACAAUCCUUUCUUAGACUUAUUUCCCACAAUGCCUGUGUACGAGUCGAAGCACACCCAGAUGGCGAUUUACUAGAAGCUGGUACAGUUACUAGUUCUCUUUGGAGCUCAAUUCCUUUGAUACAUGUUGACAAAAGUUAGUGUGUUUAGGUAAACACAAGUCUUCAAAUUGCCACAUACUAGAGCAUUCAUAUCUGAAAACAGUUUACUUUAUGGGCUGCCCAAAUAUCAGAUUUGUAAGAUGCGACGAGUCCAGAACACCUUUUUACGUUUAUUACAUGAAGAGAAUGUAAAGCGCUUUUGAUCAUUUUUGUGUUACCUUAACGUUUUGUUUGUUUUUACAUUCAGGUUUUAGGUGAUGGUGUCAAGUCCUGUAUUAUUGAUACUGAAGCUGUGGCAUGGGACAGAGAAAAGAAGCAAAUUUUACCUUUCCAGAUUCUCAGCACAAGAAAACGAAAGGUAACGCCACAGUAUAUAUUGAUUAUUUACAGUUUUCUUCUUGGCAGUAUAUCUCGUAGAGCGGGCCAACUUCUCUGUAAUAAGCUGGAGCAAGAGAUUGUAUUAUGAUCUCUUGGCUGGAGCUACAACUGUAGCUUGAAGCCGAGUCCAAUGUGGAGACCCUCAAGCUUAGCAAUCUUUGUAAUGAAAAGCUCUCAUUGGCCUGAAAUGUCAUACGUCGCCACCCCCUCACGCGGGGUCGAGGCGUGUGACAUUUCAGACUAUGCUCUCAUAAGCAACCACGACCACUUUCGGGACUCCGCAACUGGAUUUUCCCUCGGUUUGUAAGCUCACGUAAGCGACCACUCAGUCUUAUUCGUGUAAAUCAACACUUUCAUGAAUCUGCACACUGCACACUGCACACUGCACACUGCACACUGUUCUUGUUUAAUUUGGAAUCUGGUGGAAGCUACUGCUAGGUUUCGGCGGUUUGGAGCGACAAUGUAGCUCUCUUUUUCUUUUCUAUGUUUCUUUAGGAUGCUGAUGCGUCAGAUAUUAAAGUUCAAGUUUGUGUCUACGCUUUCGAUUUGCUGUAUCUGAAUGGAAAGGUAAGAAAAAGGCGUUUGCACUUCGUGACUUACGUUCUCCCGUAGUUUAUUUUCUUUGAUAGUUCAACUUAAAAAGCCGAAAGGAUAUUUUUAUGCAAGAGAGCAUUCUCAUUCUUAUUUCUCCUUUCUCAAUCGCUCUUCUUGAAUUGUAAAUCUAAAGUAAUUUUCAUUUUUUUUGUUUUGUUUUCAUAAAAGUACCGAAAUUGUCUAUGACUAGCUGACCAAGAUAAAAAUCGACUGCAACUGGCAAAAGUCAAUCGAAAUUUUACAACUGCUUAGUUUCGUGUGCUAAAAUGUCGGAUGAAAAUGGCUGUGAUUUAUUCUUCCGGCAUGAAAAAAUAAAUCACUCCUUUGGUGUUCUCUUGUGGGAUCUGCUUUGGCCUGAGUAUCAGGCUUUCCUAAAGGGCUAAGGGAGAGGAGAUUUUACUCAGGCUAGAUCUGCUAGAUGUGUGCAAACAUACCAAGACUGUGCUAUACACUGGAAAACUAAGCUUGUAUUCGAAUACAGCGGAAGCUCUCCUAACAGACACUCUCGGAAGCGGACAUCAUACUUACGGCCGCCUUCAUAAAACCCCGUUUUUCUCAACUCCCAUACAAACUCUAUGUUUUUAUAUUCCCGUAAGCGGCCAGUCCCAGUUACGGACACCUUUUUUGCGUCCCGAGGGUGUCCGAUUACGAGAGCUUUCAUUGUAAACGUCUUGUGACACUCAACUUCACUUUGUCUUUUUCAGUCGUAUAUUAAAGAACCAUUUCGUGUUCGCAGAGAGGCAUUAAGAUCCUCAUUCACGGAAGUUGAAGGG